CUGAAAGCAGUAUUCUUGUUUCAUCAGUCGUUCAGCCAGUAUACGUUUCCGAAUUUGACGUCGCUACUUGAUACCCAUCACUGUUUGGACCAUGCUACAAACCACAGUCCCGUCCCGUUACACGGCUUUUGUGGUGUGGUGAGAGUGAGUUUUGAAGAGGGAGAAUUUUCACCAAAGGUGCCAAGUGAUUCCAGCAGCCGUCUGUUAGGUAAUGGAGCUGUAGACUGCUAAUACCAUUUGAGCGUCCAACCCGCAACGGAUCAUGAAAAUGGUGUUGUCACAACGGCAGCGGGAGGAGUUAAAUAAGGCGAUUGCAGACUACCUGAGCAGUAAUGGCUACAUGGAUGCUUUGGAAGCAUUCAAAAAGGAAGCAGAUAUGCCAGGAGAAGUGGAGAGGAAAUAUGGGGGUUUGCUGGAGAAGAAAUGGACCUCUGUUAUCAGGCUACAAAAAAAGGUGAUGGAGCUUGAAUCCAAACUGUCUGAAGCAGAGAAAGAAUUUAUUGAAGGUGCUCCUACACGAGGGAAGCGAUCCCCUACCGAAUGGAUCCCAAGGCCACCAGAGAAGUACUGCCUCUCAGGUCAUCGUGCACCUGUUACAAAGGUUAUAUUCCACCCAGUUUUCAGUGUCAUGGUGUCAGCAAGUGAAGAUGCAACUCUAAAAGUAUGGGAUUUUGAGACUGGAGAAUAUGAGAAAUCACUCAAGGGGCACACAGACUCUGUCCAAGAUAUUUCUUUUGAUCAGACCGGUAAACUACUAGUGUCCUGCAGUGCGGACAUGACUAUAAAGUUGUGGGACUUCCAGAAUUAUGAGUGUAUCAAAACAAUGCAUGGGCAUGACCACAAUGUAUCAAGUGUAACUUUUAUGCCUGGUGGAGACUUCGUUGUUUCGUCUUCAAGGGACAAGACUAUAAAGAUGUGGGAAGUAGCAACAGGAUACUGUGUAAAAACAUUCACAGGACAUCGGGAAUGGGUGCGUAUGGUUCGCGUUAAUGCAGAUGGAUCUUUGAUUGCAUCGUGCUCCAAUGACCAGACCAUUCGCGUUUGGGCUGUAGCUAGCAAAGAAUGCAAAGUGGAGCUACGCGAUCAUGAUCAUGUAGUGGAAUGCAUUGCCUGGGCUCCUGAUGUUGCGAGUUCUGCCAUUAAUGAGGCAGCGGGAGCUGAUAAUAAGAAAGGAGCUCAUGCAGGUCCUUUCCUUGCCUCUGGGUCAAGAGAUAAAACCAUAAAGGUUUGGGAUGUGGGCACAGGUAUGUGCCUGUUCACAUUGGUGGGCCAUGAUAAUUGGGUGCGUGGUGUGGUAUUCCAUCCUGGUGGUAAAUUUAUUGUGAGUGCCAGUGAUGAUAAGAGUCUGCGGGUUUGGGACACACGUAACAAACGAUGCAUGAAGACACUUGAAGCUCAUCAGCACUUUUGUACUUCACUUGAUUUUCACAAGACUCAUCCAUAUGUAAUUUCUGGCAGUGUAGAUCAAACCGUGAAGGUAUGGGAAUGUCGCUAACCACUCUCGCCCGGUCAACUCAUGAAUGGGUGGACAUGCAGCUGAACAUCGUAUCAAUAAUAUAAUUAUUAUAUACAGUGUUUCUGUACCCUUCUAAUUUAUAUACAAACAUAAUAUUAUGAACUUCAGUUUGCUUGUGGUAUAAAAAGAGAUGUUCUCCCCAUUUUGUGUUAUGCAUUGCCACUUCAGAAGCUUUGCACCAACCAGUUGGACAGGAGGAAAGCAGAAAUGUCCAUUGAACCCAUUGAAAGUAUGUAGCAAGAGCUGCCUGUAAGAGAAAAACAUAAAAAAAAAGGCCAUGAAAUCAGACUGAUGGUGUCAACAUUUUAAAAACUCUCCUGCACAUAAUGUUAGUCUAAAAUGUAUAAGAUAUGGAAAAUUGGUUUGCCCAUUGGAAAAUUAACACUUUCAAAUGCUACUUUAUUUUUCUUUAUAGAGACAUCACUGGACAACGUAGUUUUACAAGUGAAGCUGAAUGUCAGGAACCUUGGCCUAUACUUGGCUAUCCUGUCUUCAUUCUGUACUAUUGCCAAAUUUCCUGUUGUGUUUUGUGUUGGUAUAGUUUAUGUUGCACAACAUACAGUAGACAUUCACUGAGUUGAGAUUUUUUAAUAAAUACAUUAUUUAACAACAGUAUUGUGGCAGUUACAGUACACCUUUUGAGUUUUCUUGUUAUAUGCUAAUUUAACUGUUUAGACUAUAAGUUCUAAACGUUCUGUUUUCUUUUUCCCAUCUUAGCUCUUAAUGGAAUAUUGUCUUUUUACAUUAGCACAUUUCCAUAGCUUUUCUUAUCACAGGAGGGUAAGAAAAUGCAUGAAAUAUAAAUAAUAAUGUAGGAGAAAAUAAUUGUGAAAUUUGAUCCUCAACAUGAAUAUAUAUGACAGUUGCAAAACUGAUGUUGAAUUUGGAACACAAAAUUAGCUAGAAUGCAUCAAGGUGAAAUGAAACCUUUAUAUAGGUACCAGUUACUUCACUCUCCUUGUGCAAGCUGUGUAUGUUGCUGGUUCUGGUGUGCAUGUAAAUUCAGUAAUUUUUUUAUAACUCAGUAUCCUGCAGAGAUGUUCUAAACAUGCCAUGUUAAGAAUGGAAGGCUUGUAUGUUGCUACAGUGAUUGUUAGUGUUUUUAUUAGUCCUGAAGUGCAAUGUUGUAGUGUUUCCAGUUCUGACAGGCAGUGAUAUGAACAGAUUGGUGGUAUGCACAGAGACAUGUCAUAACACAGCUCCCUGUCCAGACUUUUGUGUGUUGAAUAUGUUGUCCCAGUAACAUGUACAAACAGAAGGUUAUCAGGUUGCUUUAGCAUACUAACUUUUUCCCCUCCUUUGCUAUGUUUGUCAGUCUCUAGUCGUUAGCCUUGUAAUUAUUGCAGUUUCUUCUUAGAUUUCAUCUGCAUUUGUGAUAUAACACAAGUUGAAUACUAUAUAGCUAUAUUAGUUCAGGAUCUACAAUAUUAGUAUUUAUUGACAUUCGUAUUUUGAACUCCUUCAUAGGUACCUCCUUCAUAAGACUGAGCUGUGUACAGAAAAUACAAAAUUAUUGACCUUUGCAACCCAUUUAUUCAAACAAAAUUUCACCAAGUCUUUGGUGUGUUUGAUCUUCAGAAUGGUUUUGAAGAAAAGUAUUUCAAUCAGUUUGUGUCCUAAGUGUGGAGCCAAUUUUAAUUGGAAAGGUCUGAUGAAGAGUGAGUGGAAACACACUGGCAUGUGACUUUAGUGUGAUCUUGAAUUGAUUAAGUCAUUAUUCUCUUGUCAUUUCACAGAAGUGAUAUAUUUAAUUCAUCCAGAUUACUGUAAUGUCAUCUGUACCAAAAUUUUUAUUUUCAAAUAGAAACCAUCCUGUAUAUCUGACAGUUUUGAUUAUUGUAGGAAGGCUGAUUAGAGUUAUUCUUAAAACAGUUCAUGUAUCACAGCAUACAGGAAUAUAUGAUGUUUUGACUAGGUAAUCACUGGAGUCUUUGAUACUUCUGAUUUAAUAUAUUAGUCACGUGAGUACAGAUCUUCAUGCUGUUAAUGUGCUUGCAAAGUUGCCAUCACAUUUGCUCUACAGUAUAGUACAUGUACCAGGGUGGGAAGAAAGUCCACUAUAAUGGCUUGAAAUCCUUGUUAUGAGUCAUACUAAAUAGGAAAAGAGGAUACUUUUUAGAAUUCUAAUCCUCCAAGACAUUUCAAGCUUUUUCAUUUGAAACUUUUGUCCUUUAUUUUCAUCAUGUAUGUAUUUCAGUAUAAAUAUAUGCAUGGUAUGAUGCUA